CAGCACUCUACAAGGCUAUAGGCCCCCUUUUUAUUUUAGUAAUUCCCAGGGAAAUUCAAGAGGGGAAACAAAGCAAAAAGCCAAAACUCUAACAACAAGGAGAGUGUGUUGCCUAUUGUUCACCACUCGUUUGUCUAUAAAAUUCCCUGCUGUGCUCCUCUUCCCAUGUGCAUUUUUCUUAUUCUUCUCCUUCGCCCCAAUGGUUUCUCAGGUAAAGAUACAACGAAGGCGGAACAGCAAAGGCGGCCGCUGGACUCCUGAGUUACUGAAGAAACUCUAUGAUCUCCGGAAUACAUACAGUCAUCUCAGUUGGAAAGAAUUCCAUCGGAAGAAUUUUUUCCCCGGCCGCAGCAACUGGGCUCUCCAGAAGGCAUUUUCAACAUACAAAAAAGAUUUGAGAGUUGAACGAAGAGCCAAGAGAAUGCACCCCGCUGCUGCCACUCCCAUGCCCGGCAUGUACCCUCCGGAAACCCGAGUUCUGAAACGUCCUUCACAGGCGGAGAAAGAUCCUAGGUUGCGCAAUCGGAAGCAGGCAAAGCUCGAUACGUCGCCCAAGUAUAGAAGGAUCAGGCCACCGGGUUCCAAAGCAGGUGUACAGGGGUCUAUUACAGACCCCGCUGACGAUACAGACCAUGAUGGCGGUGAUAUUCAGGCCAGCGGACGUACAGAAAAAUUCCCCAAGUCGACACCGCCGACAAAAACCAAUAAAGAGCGUGCUGGUCCAUGUAACAUCUCGGAUGCACCCAGGGCUGCUCCGAAUACCUCAGAACUACUUGAACCUGGCCCAGAACAACAACCUUCUACUUUAUCGCAGCUGCCUCACGAUGUGACCGCCUUACAUGAUGCCAGCAAAGAGCCAGGAGCCAGUGCCCCGACUUCUCCAGCUUCAGUCCAGAAUAUGGACCUCGAGACGUUGCUCAAGACAGUCACAUCUCUGGUGAGAAGGACUCAAAAGGCGGAGACCGAGCGCCAAGGCCUUGAGGCCGUAAAUGGCACGCUUCAGACCAUGUAUAACUCAAUUCAGACCAAGUACAACACGCUUCAAAAGGUCUCUCGUGAGUCACAGGAGUUGCAUAACCGCGUGACCUGCUGUCAAGAUGUCAAGAUCGAAGAACUCAAAAGAGAAAAACGACAGCUCUGCGAUGAGGUAGCCCAACUCCGUGAUGAAUCCUGCAGAGAUUGUCUCAAGAUGCGCGAUACAUUAAUCACAAAAGAGGAAGAGCUGACCAAAAAGAACGAGGAGGUGGCCAGAAUGAACGAGGAGGUGGCCAGAAAGAACGAGGAGGUGGCUGAAAAGAACGAAGAGUUGUUGACCCAAAAGGGCGAAUGGAACUCCACGGUGGAAACUGUGGCUAGCAUCCUAAAGCUCUCUACUUGAAUGACUGCUUCAUGACUGUUUUGUGUGUAUCAUGCAUAUAUACCGAAAUUAAAAU